AUGCAAAAAUACAUUGUUAUGACAGUAAAUGUUUGGCUUGCAAGGAACAACCGACAUGCUCAGCAAUUUCGUGUUUUUGCUCAAUUCUGGAAGUCCAAGGCUUAUCCUUCUUUCAGUACUACUGCAAAGGGUGAGAGAGAGAAGGAUAGCCCACCAGCGGCUGGUUCAGGUCCUCCAAAGUUCAACUUCUCCCUCUGGGCAAAAUGCCUUCUGGCCUCUGUGCUGAGUUUCCUGCCCUUCUGGAAGGAAAAAUGGGCAAAAUUGAAGAGGAUUCAAGGAGAAUCAGAGCUGGUAGUAGUACAGGUCGAAAAUGUAGCGGGGGUAGUGGAAAAGGUAGCAACCGCAGCAGAGAAGGUAUCGGCUCAAGUGACAGAAAAACUUCCAGAUGAUAGCAAGCUGCAAAAGGCAGCUGUGGUGGUCGAACAUGUUUCAGAAAAAAACAGCCCAAGAUGCUCACGGCACAACAUAAUUUCAUCCACCAGGAAAAUAAUUAAAACCUCUGAACAAUUGCUUUGCAAAACUCAAUGGUUGAACCAGCAUAAAUAUAUGAAUUCUUUUUCAAAAAUUUUGAUUGAAGAUGAGAUGUCUAAUAUGCAAUUGCUUCUUGAGGCAAUAAAGCAUGACGUGGAUGGCUUGGAGUAA